GUCUGGGAGAGAAAACAUUGAAAAUUAAUAUUGAAUAUUUCUUUUUUGCAAGCGUGUUUUGUAGAACGGUCGUUUUCUUUUGUUUUUCAUUCAUAAUCUUGAUGGAGAGACUUGCCGCAUAGCUGUAGCCUGUAGCCUAAUAUCAUUCAUCGCAGUUCCCCUACCACAGUGCCAGAAAAAAAACAUGGCAUAGCGAUUCGUCAGUUCAGAGCAUCCAGUCGAGGAGCGCAGGUCUGGGUUACUCUAAACUGGUCGUGAAUCGGUAACUUUGGUAGGCUAUAUCCAGUAGCCUAUAGUUUUAUUUCCCAGCAAAAAUAUUUGUCACUUAUUGGCGGCUGAAUUGGACUUCCGUGUUAAUGUUUUUUGCUCCGGUAUAUUUUUUUCAAAGGAGCCAAGCACAGUAGGCUGUUCUAUGCAGCCUAAUAUUUUCUUCCAAAACCUGAUCGCUGAAUGCUGAUUAUUAGUUUAGCCUAAAUAUGAUAGUCAAACUGCGAUUCAUUAUGACCGAAUCUUAUGAGGAAUAGGCAUAUUGUAGCAUACACAAAAUAUCUGUCAUAUCCACUCUUCAAAACUGAUGAUAUUGUCGACUGAGAGGCAUGCUGUUUAUUAUUUGCCAACCAAAAGCCUACUCGUUGUAAUUUGCAGUUAUUUUGAAACCACAGGAUGCUGCACGAUUUUGGCAAUAGUCCAACAUGGGAGACGUCUACGAGCGAUUCUGCACGUAUCAGUUGUUCCCCUAUAGGCUCAUUAACGUCAGGUGGUGUGUCCUAUCAUGUUUUGCCAGCCUAUAUUUUUGUAGAAAUUAAACUCGCGACAUUCAUGGGAAACCAGGGUUCUCGUAGACUAGUAGUCUAAUUAAGGAAUUCCGUAUUACGUCUCGGUCUGUAGGACUGACUGAAGUGGAGGGGAACCUUUCUGUGGCGCGUCAUCUGCACUUGCAACAGCUCUACGCAGAUUGGUUUAGAAAUCCGCAGUGUCAGAAACGACCAUAGCCCUGCCAUGUGUUAGCUAGACACCUGACGGCUUUCACACGCUUUGGAAGCAGGCUAAUUUUCAGGCUAUUUCAUUAUAUGGAAAGUGAGACUGUGCAUGCUGUCGUUGUAAUGCUGCCUCCAAAGAAUUGCAUCCCGAGAAACUACAGCUGUAUGGCUGGGUUGUUCGGUAGUUUGGCUGCGGCUAGCCAGAGAAAAGAAGACGGGGAAGAAGAUACUGACGAUGAUCAUUGUGAACCUCUGGAAAAUCAUGUUGUGGCCGAGAGACCAAGAGGCAGGGAAUGCUUUUUGAAACCUCCGCAAAGUCCUACCUUGCGAAGAAGAUGCAAGUCAUUGCCGACUCCGACUGAGAGAGGCAAGCUUGAAAUCGCGAGGAGACGGAGCCCGUCUAGUCAGAAAAAGGUCAGAUUUGCCGAUUCUUUGGGUUUGGAGCUUACUUCUGUCAAGCACUUUUGCGACGCCGACAUGCCAGAGGUACCGCAACGGGUGCUAGACAAUUUCAAGAAAGGAAAUAGUCUACAUCUAAAUAUCUUUGAAAAAUUCCCAAGAAACCCUUCGCAGUCGAUUUUCAUGGAAACCCACUUCAGUAAUCCUGGUCAAUUACCAGGAUUCCUCGAAAAAGUGAAGAGAAUGAAAGUGUUGUUAGAAUCUGUUGAAACGGACGAGUUCAGCCUGACGGGGUUGAUCCGGGUGUUAAACUUGGCAUUCGAGAAGACUGUUAUUUUGAGGUAUUCUCUCAAUAACUGGGUGACAUAUUUAGAUAUUAUUGCGUCGUACGUCCCCGAAUCCAGCGACGGACUAACUGACAAAUUCUUCUUCAAGAUCAUUACCCCAAUAUUUCUUGAGACUGGAAACUCCUUACAGUUUGCCAUAAAGUACUGUGUGGCUGGUGAAGAGUUUUGGGAUAACAAUAACGGAAAUAAUUAUAAAGUUGGACGCCACAGAUUUAAAAUCUCACCUCCAAGGGAUUGGGAGAAUGGGUGGAUUCACUUCAUAUAGCAUGCGGGUUUAAAAAAAAUUUUUUUUUUUUUUACUUUUUUUAAUUUAUUGAUUUUUCCAUUUGCUAAGAUAGCUACUGUGACUGUUUGUGCGUCAUUUCAUUGUGCACUGUAGGCUAUCGCAGCAUAAAUGACAAAAGUAGGCUAAUUUAAUUGUACUAUUUUGAGCGACUGCAAUAUCCGCGUGUUGGGGUACUAUAUUUUAUAUUUGCUAAUGCUAUUGCGGGCUUUCAUGCAUUAUGUAUGCAUGAAGUGUCUUUGUAACCUUGAGGCGGAUAGUUUGCAGGUCUAGCUGUAUGUGAGAUGCUUGAAAGUAGUACAUUCGAUUUUUCGGGCUCUGCGUACGUAGCGUCCGUGCUCUCUUUGGCAAGGACAGGAUCGUGUGUAAAGACAAUGCGAGUCACAGUUUGAACAUAAAUAUUUCGUAAUAGCCUACAUUCAUUUCUGUCAAAUAUUUCCUUGUUAUAUUUAGCGUACUAACUGUCCACAAAAUUCAGGCGUACGUAACAUUUAAAUGUGUUGGCUAAAGCAAUCUGUCUUUCUGAUUAUCCUGUGAGUUAGUAGUCUACCUUCUAUGUAGGCUAUCCUACCAUCGAUUAAUUUUGCUCUGACUUCAUAACAGCUUGCCAGUUGCCACAUAUGGGACACAUUUCUUGUGCAGUAGGCUACAGUUAAAACGAUAGUUCAUCGUCAUAGAAAGGGACCACGUGCAAAUCACUUUUACUUAAGGGAGAAAAUAUUCUUAAAAUCCCUGGCUGGAUGAAUUAUGAUUAGGCUGUUUUAUUUAAAUAAAGUUAUUUCAGAUAUAAAUGUAAUGUUAUGUAGCUAUUCCAGAGUUUGAGAAAUGUAAUUAUUACUGCCAUUAGAUAUUCUCUUGAGUUCUGUCAGAAAGACAUUGCCUUAAAUGUCCAGAAAGCAUUGAUGGCGUUACCCGUAGAAUGUUAAAAUGGUCAAAGUUUUGGUAUCAGAUUUGAACUCCUCUGGUGGCAUCGUGACUAGCCUACUGAAAUGGCUGCUGGUGCAUAAUACUGUUAAAGUAGUACUAACUAAUAAUGUGAAAGCAUCUAUUUUUAUCACAAUUCAUUAUCACGAAUAUGAAUAAAUAUAUAUAUAUUUUUAGGUUUGUUUUUUUUUAAUCGGAAGGGAAGUUAACCAAUGAGAAUUCAGUUCUCUAUAUGAUGGUAGUUGCGUGUGCCCUAAUUUCUUGAUAAAGGAGAAAUUACUGGUUACUGGUUAUAGGAAUACUGGGUAUUCAUGAUUAUGAACUAUAUGACAGCCAGGCUGCAGUCUGUUCCUCCUGCCUUAAAGGUGUGUGAUGGGUAUAAUGUUUGGUGGGUAGAGUUAUAAGUAGACCCAUGAAGUGUGAAAUAACCAUUGUUGCAUUGUAAGGAUGCAAAAACUUCAGACAGAUUAAGCCACAAUUAUAGCAUUAAGCUAAUUUUCAGGUAAAGAUGGGUUUUGAAAAAAUCUAUAUUAUAUUUUACUUAAGGAAAUCUUUAAAUAUAACAGGACCAGGAAGUGUAUAUAUAGUCCAUAUAUUAACACUCAUAACAGAAUGCCCGUAGCGUAUGUGUCCAAUAUUAUUGUUCUCUCUGCACUUAUUUUAUUUUUAGGCAUUAUUUCUCUUUAAAAAUUGAUGUAUGAUUGUUAGUAUUGGUAAGCACCACUUGUAUAAUACCAUGUCAUGACUUUCUACAAAAUAUAUAGAAGACCUGAAGAUGAAAUACCAUCAUAACUACUUAUGUUUAGCCUCAGCAAAUAAACAUGCUGAUUGAAAUUGAAUAUGGUAGAUCAAAAAGGCUUUUACAUUGGAGGAGAUGUUGGAAUUUUCUUAUCACCUUGCUCAGUGAUGGAACAAUCUUGGUGUGCAUGGUUAAGCAGAUUCUGGGGCCUGUUCCUAUUACCGGGAAGUAGUCAAAUGUGCUCAACUGCUGUGACUGUGGGCUUUAAGUGGUCAACCAUUCAGGAUUGCAGCCCUAUUCAGUCGCAAGGUCAAUAGUCUAGGGGUGUAACCCCCAGGCUUCACCACGACAUGAUACAAUUUUGAUUCUUGAGCCAACGGUUUGUUAUUUGGCAAUAGCCGCCUUAAGAUUUGGAACAUUGGCAUUCAUAUUUUGCUAUGAUUCAUAACAGUACAAAUCAAUUUUUGCACGUUGUAUCAAUUGGAUUGAAUCGUUUCCCUUUGAACCAAAACAUCGAUCCAUCGUAACGUUACUCCCCUAUACUAUACACAAUGUGCUCUGUGUACUUUUAUACAAUAAAUGUAGUUUCAAGUACAGUAUUUACUCAAGAAUCACAAUAUUUCAUUUGUUCUUUCAACAUAGAUUAGAUUGAUUUAACAAAGUGGUUGUAUCAGGAAUUGUGUCGUGCAACUGAUGCUUAGCCUUCUAUCCCUAUGAGUCUUCCUAAUUAAUGCACAGUGGUGACCAUUUCAUAUCUGUAAUUGCAAGUAGGCUAAUCUAAACCAAUGCAUUUAAAAUAAAUUAGUUUUUUAAAAUUAGAUUUAGAUUAGAUUAGAUUUUUAUUGUCCUUCUAGCCCUUUUCACACAUUUUUCAGUGUAGGUGUCCGAGUCAGUUUUCCAUGUAAGACGUUCCUUCAGUUUGCCCUGUCAGGACCUAGUAAGAUUUAUGGAAAUCUUUUGCCAUGGUUCUAGUGUGAACAAAAGCAGUAGCAUUCCCGGAUAAAGCAUGCAAAAGGUUAUGAUGUUCUUACCUGAGACCUUUUGUUUCUGACACAAAUUAUUUCAUAAAUAGCCUACGUUACUGAAUCUGCCCUGUCAACAAUUCUUGCACAAAUAUGAGACUUUGCACAUUGAAGAUAUUGGAGCUGCAUUGUGUGGUUUUGUGAGGGAAAUUUUAACAUUUAUUUUAGCAGUAUAAUAAGCAGUGUUGCUGUCCUUGACUGACAAGACUUUGUUUUUUGUAAGGACAGCAUUACAAAAUUGUCAGUGCCUCACAAAUUGCAUGUGUGCUACGCAAUACUCCUCCCUGGUGAACUUCUGUGUCAGGGAUUUACGUAGCUUUUUACUCAAUGGAGCAAGCUGGCUAGUGCCAUAUAUCAGUGCCACAUAUAGCUAGCUAUUUCAUUUGCUGAUCAUAAUUAUUUUCAUUGCCUUUUUACAGAAACCAAUUGCAUAUAUACUGUAUGUUUAAAUUUUAGCUGAUGAACCAUUCGUCCAUUGUUUAUCUACCCUUUGCUAUUUAGGACUAUAUCUGAGCUAUAUUGGCAAAAUAUGUCACCAUACAUUAUCUUGAAACUAUCACUCUUCAACUGUGUUGUGUUGGUGGGAUUUAUAUCUCUGCAAAAACUAUUAUUCAGUGUUGACGUUACAUUAUUUCUGGUUAGACAAACCAAUGUGACAUUAACAUCUGUCUUGCAUUGCUUCAGAGGAUUAACAUCCUGCCUUGCCUGAUCUAUCCGGGAUUUUUCCGCAUAGGAGGCCUGUGUGAAUGGGGAAAACCACUAGCUAACCCAGAUAGCUAAUUGAACCCAGUAAUGUUGUGGGUUCCAUGUGUGAAAGGGGCUAAUGAUUGAUUUGACCUCUUGCUUUAUUUAAGUCACAGAUGUGACAAAUCCUGUGUUUCAUUGCGAUCGAGACAUUUUAAGUGAAUUUCUGCAAACAUAUUUGAGUCUGGAUGAUGCCAAGGAUAUACAUUAUACUGUGUAUUUAAUUGGUAUAUGUUUCUGUUUUGAGAUACUGAUGGUAGACUUCUUUUUGAAUGUUAGCUUGGUUUGAAAGGACAGGCCUUCUAAAUAUUGUGCGCUUAUCCUUGUAGAAGGAUAGAUUUUCCUGUGAUUGGCUCACAUAAACAACCCCUUCUGUAUAAAACAAGCAUAGAGAAUAGGAAUAUGAAUAUUUGAAAUGUAGAGGUCAGAAAGCAAAUUGUCACCCCAGGAUAGCAUUUCUAUUGGACUGAAAUAUCCAUUCUCCAUAUCUUACGUUAUUCUCUGAUUGUUUAGCCAAGGAAAUUGAACCUUAUUUGAAUAAUAUAUUUUAUAUCGAUAAAUGAUAUAGCCUCUUUCAACUGAUGGCUGCUUUUCCUGGUCUCAAUAAAAGGAUAAGUAGUUUGGACAUUUGGAUGACACAUUUUAGAUGGUGAUGAUCUUGCCUUCUUGACAAAUUUCACUUUAUUUCAGUACAAAAGAAACAACAAGGAGUGUGAAACUUAAUUACAUAAUAAUAUAUUUUAAAGGGGUUUUCAAACCUGGUCCUUGGGAUCAAGUGUGUUUGCUGUUUUUUGGUUCUAACAUAUUUGAAACCUGGAUUGGCCAAAGCUAUUCAUUGUUCUUAAUUAUGAACUUUUAAUAUGAAUUUAAGGAUUUUAAUCUCUUGAAAUCACAAAAUCAUAAAUAGCCAAUCAUGCCAUGAAGAAAACACAUCCCCUAUUCACUUGGCUUUCCAAGACUAAAUCAUUCAGAUUAAAUAAUAUUUCACUAUCUGUUGUGUGCUGAUUCCUUUCGAAAGAGAUUGCAUUUUUUUUUUAAGUUUUAAUAGUCUGAAUUAUAUGGAGUAGUCCUAUUGAAUUACUGUAUACAUCAAUGUGAUCUUAAUUGGUGACAUUUUGGACCCCUGUUCACUUAAACUAAACCAUUUGUGGAAAUCUAUGGGGCCAAAGACAAAUCAACAGGUGACAAAAAGUCAAACGUGCAUUGUGUUAAUGUAAGUUUACAGAAAAAGGAUGGAACAACUUGUUCUUAGAAAUGUUAAUGGAUCAAGAGAUUGACUGGAGAAACAGCAGACACAGUGGGUCUAGGAUUAAGUUGCCUGUUUUGAAAGAAAGGUACAGCCACACUGGUUUGGCUUUAAUUUAUUCACUGUUUUAGUUUAAGUUGAGACCUGUGUCUCACUGGGACUCAAAUAUGGCCUCCAUCAUUGUAUCAAUGAACCUUAAGGCCAACUGCGUUUCAUGAUUUUAAUCUUUCCCUCUGUUAAGUUGAGGUCAGUGUACCAUUUGAUCAUUGCGAGGAUGACCUGUCCUGAGAUUUCUUCAUUGUCCUGGAAUGACCACCAGGCUGUGGACCCUGAACAAGGAUUUUGGGGUAAUGGAUAUAGAAUGUGAGAACUGAAGUGAAAGCACAUUGAAAUAAUGUUCCUGAUUCCUGUAACGAGAAUGUAAUUAUCUAGAUGUAAUAGCACAUGAGAGUAUGUCCUUUUGGGGCUAAAAUCUUUUUGCACUGUGGAAUAUGAAUGAAAGCUACCUAUGUGAUUGUAGGGGGGUUAAAGAGGGCUACUCCCAAUUUGACACUAUUUCUUGUCUCUUUUCUGUGAAUGGCUAGAGAUAUUUAUAUUUUCAGUUGCGUGUUAACUUACUAUUUUGUACCACUAUCAGUGCAGUACCUUAAAUGUGAUAUAUGUCUGAUUUAUGUUUGUGUGUCUUCUUUUUUUAAAGAUAGUUUUGUGAACAAAAGAAUGAAACUAACUUGUGUGGAUUUUUUCAUCUAUGCAAACUUUUUUUUAGCAUAUAGCUAAUGUCUAUGUCCGUUUGUUGAUGUAUCCUCUCAUCUGUCUUCUCGUCUGAAUGUCAGAGGUUGUAUCUGGGCUGUUUGCAUGCACAGCUGAAGUACAUAUUUUUAUGGUGACUUUGUAAUGUAGCCAGUAUUUUACUAACACAGUGGUAAUAAAUGCCUUUGCGUUGGACACCAAAGUAUAUUAUUAUUCUUCUGUGUUAAUUAUAUUUUCUCAGUGUUUCCUCCAGAAAUUCUUUUAGGGUAGGUGUUGACAGGGUAGGUGUUACCCAACAUCUGUCCAUUUCACUGCAUAUUUCAAACUGCUUUCAACCCAUCAGAUUCUGGUGGGGCUGUCACUCAAAAAAAAAAGGAAAUGCACUGCCUCAAAAUGCAAGUGCUGCUGAAUAUUGCAGCUGCAAUAAGAAAAGGAUGUGGGUUAGGGUUAGGCUGAUCAGGGGGCAGGGGUGGUAGUAUCUUAUUAGCACAGGUUAACAUACUAUUUGCACAGUGUCUCCUCCUUGAUUUGUAACUUUCUGGCCCGUAGCUUCAGAUCUGACACACAGCUGACCUCUUGCCAUCUAGAUCAGGAAAUUUCCUUUGAAGGUGCUCCUGUUGCUUCUGUCCAAGAGGGAUCCAUAACCUAAUGUCGCCAAAAUCACCCACGUGUUAAUGAUACUUUAUCCCCUCUGUUUGUAUUUUCAGGUGGGCAGUCUCAACAUUCGCAAUGAUCUUAGUGCUACAUUCUGAAACCAAGUACCCUGCUUCUUUAAUUGUCUCAAUUGCCACAGGGUCCUAUCACAAAUAAAGUAGACAUUAUUUUUAGGUAGAACAGAAAUAGGCAAAGAAGUUACUUAUUUAACUGCUAAUUACAUGUUCUUUAAUUCCUUUCUGAAACAAUCUGGAUUUCUGGGUCAGGUAUGGAAGGACAUCAGCUUGCAGGUGAAUUGCACCAAUAAACCUGUUGGUAGUAUAGUACGUAUUACAGGCCUCGAGCUACGGAGUCCUGUUUGCUUGCUUCCUAAGCAAGGGCUGCAAGGACAGCUGGCGGGUUUCUCCUCAAGGUGGGGAUGGUGUUGUCCUAUAACAGCCAUCUUGUGUUCUUCUCUUCCUAAUAGACAAUAAAGAGAUUGGAUAGAAGUUUGUGCUAGGUAAGCUGUUCUCUGCCAGGAGUAAGGAAAAAGACUGUCUUACUGUCACUUUAAGGUUGUCCACUCCAAGAAUGGUGGAAGCUGUUCUAAGUACUUCUGUGCGAUUUGCACUGUUGCUGAAGUAGAGGUGAAGAUGUUGAAGGUGCCCUCUGAAUGUUUUCAUGUAAUGCACCUAGUCUGCAGCACCUUUCCUGGCAAGGGCCAGACUGGGCAGCACAGAUACUCAGCAAGAGUCAUACUGUUAGCUUUCUGGCAUAGGUUUUAUUACUUUUAGGUAGCCUAUUCGUUUUUAAAGUUGACGUUUUUCUUCAGAAAGUCAUAUCAGUCAUCACAGAUGCUCCAUCAGUUCCCAGAUCAAAUAUUCGUGUCACAAGGAUCUUCUUGACAUUCAUCACCUCUCUAACAGCCGCGACAAUUGUUGCGGCUUUACCAUCUGCUGUAGGGACAAUGUCAAGAAAUGGCAAUGCCAAAAAGGUCUCCUCUGUGCCUUUAAACAAAACAUAUUUGCCCAUUAGACAGUGCAGCUGGUAAAAUUAACUGAUUUUUGUAUUGCAGGGAAGUAUGAAAUCAUCUGAUGUGUGUGCCCAGCUGUUGAUUCAUCUAUUUCAAGACCUAUGGCCUGUGAUGAAUGUAUGGCUUUCGGAAUAGUCUCUUCAGUCAUGUCAGCUUAGCUAAAAUUUGGAUUAUUCGGUCAAUACUCCAAUGGGAUCUGUAAUUGGUCCUUUAGUCAAGCUAAAAUCGUAGAACAGAAAUAUUAAAAGUUGUGAAUAUUCUACUCAAUGACAAAAUGUGUCAUAUCUAUUUUUAACAUACCUUUAGCUUCGAAAUAGUCACUGAGCUAGGUCAAGAAAGGUAGUAUAAUUUAUGUGGUGUGCAAUUUCAUGUUUUAUCAGGCAGUACAGCCAUUUAAAACCCCAACGAUGGCAACAUGUUCCACUUUGAGAACUGGAUCAUAGGCUUUUACAAUGGGUACAUCUAAAAUGAACACAGAAAAAAAACUGCAAGAAAAACUUUAUAACAAGCUUGUCAUUGCUAGUUUGUGUCUAAGUUUAUGUUAAAUUCGAAACAGUUGUGUAAAUGAAGUUCUACUUGCUUGUGCCUCAAUGCUGACUCGAGCAUUGUGGUUCUCUCUUCUGAGGUGCUUUUCAAGUGCAUCCUGUCUGUAAUUGUUCGGGGGUACCUCAAUCAACGUCAUCUCUGAAAUUCUUCCUGAAGUUCAGGAAGCUCUUUACACGUGCUUCCUGCGCUCUCUAUAGAGCAUCCCGGUAAAUAACAUUUGCGUGAUGAAGUAAGGCUAUUAACGUAAGACUAAACAAACAUCUCAUCAUCUUAUUACUAAUUCCUCAUUAUUCCUUACACUAAGGUACGGUGACUAGUCUGCGCCUCUGCUCCGCCUGUUGGCUCUGACAAGACAUUUCUGGUGUUGCACCUGACCGUAAUUCAGGCAACUGGAGUGUCCCAAAAAAAAAAAAACGAGUAAGAGAAUGAGUAUGGCGUGUUACUUUUUCCCAACAUUUAUUAUUUUAAUUUUUUUAUACAGCGUAGCUCAACUAAGCUUGAAUACUCUCUUACCGCAACGCCCUGUUAACAUCUCCCUCCCCAGCCUGCAUGUUUUUGUGAAUGCGGGCGGAAACCAGAGUACACGGAAAAGAUCCACACACACACAAGGAGAAUAUGCAAACUACAUGCUGUGAGGCAAAAGUGCUACCCACUGCACCACCGUGCCACCCUGCAUCCUUUCAAUGAAUGAAAAAGUUAUUAGUAGAAACGUGAAUCAUAUUUUAAAUCCUCUCUCCUUUCCUGUCUCCUUUCCAUCCUAAUCUCCACCCUGUUUUAACGCAUUCACUCCAGCAUAUGUAUGAACACGUGUAUGAUAAAGAAAUUCACAGUGACGUAAUCCCUGCCAACUAGGCCUACAUCCCAAUGGCAAAUUUUACUAAAUUAAGUGUAGAUAUUGUGACCUUGUAGAAGCUUCUUUUGCACCAGAAAGCAGUCGCAAUUCCCUUUUUUUUUUAAAGAUGAUGAGUCGUUGUUGCAUCGUAAAUUUAAUUCUAAGCCAGUUUUUUUUAUCUUUUAAAACAGAAUGCAGUGCCUAUUUCUGUGUUUUUCCCUUCAGGUUAGGAGAGUUGUACUGCCUCUUCUAUAAAGCGCUGGGGGAAACCCUGCUCAAUAUUACUUACUUUCUUAUCUUACAAGCACAGGUUACCCAAUACUAGAUUUUGUAUUAAUGGACUAUUUUAAGUCUGCCAUAAAGUGGCGGCAAUUCAUGCAUUUGAUGGCUGGGGCAAGAAUGUCUGCAGCUACUCCCUCAAGAGGAUUUAGCUCCUUUUAUACUUCUAUACACACAAGUGCACCUCAGGACAAAGUGUCCUCAUCAGUUCUCCACUCCUCCAACCAUUCAUUUUAAACGUCGCCUGAUAUACUGCAGUCACUGAAGAUAAAUGCCUUAGCACAUCUAAUGCUGUUGCCUUUAUAAACUUGCGAUUUAAAUCGUGCAAUUUAAAUGCAAAAUAACCAAGUAAUAAAUUAACUCACUGUUGCCUUCUUUUCAUCCACUCAUCAAUACCUUCCCAAGUAAUGUUUCUUCCUCGUACUUCAGUCCCCAAAUUUGUUUUCGUUUGCAUUUAAACUUUACAAUAAUAACUGAACUGAGCCUGAACCAGAAACCCCUUAUAGUACAUUAAUCUUUUUAGUCUCAGACAAUGGCAGCUAGAAACAAAAACAUGAUCGGUUCUGUACAUACAGUCACAUAUAGGCCUACAAGGUAUUUUUGGUUGCCUUUUCUAUUGUGGCCACCUUCCCCUGGACCCUUGAGGCAUGUUUUAGUUGAAAUGGGAAUGACUGUGUGAUGCUUGCCCCAGAGAUGGUGAGUGACAUUUUCGUGAAUCGAUUGGUUCUGUCUGUAUUGCUCUAGAGAGGAUGGAAAUAGGCCUCGGUUAAUGGUCCUCUUCUCAGAGGACACUGACUUACAUUAUGACUGGCAUAGUUUUCCUGCAGUGUACUUUUUGCAACUGCUUUUUUAUGUGCCUUAACAAUAGCUUUUAUAAUAUAUAACUAUAUUUUGUGUUUCCUGAUUUCUUGACAUUCCCAUAUACUUGAAGUACAUAAAUUCACUGUGUUUGAUAUUCAAAUAUCUGUCACAGAGGGAUGGUGAUUAAUUCAGUUCUCAUUUCUGUUUACAUUCCAGGCCCUUUGUUUUUGUCUUGAUGGGAGAGUGGGACUUUGCAAACAACCUUUUGGGUGGGGCUGUUAUGAACUGCGAACUACACGGUCAUGUUAACCGUACAAAGCACUUGUCUCGAAACAACGGCACCUAGUUCUGGGGGGGCACUCACAGCACAGUAUGUCAUCAUUCCAGAGCCUGAUGAACAUUGAUCAACCACUCUGAACUGAAUAACAAAUGAAAAGCUACGGAGAAAAUGAUAUGUCAUUGAUUUAACAAUCAUAUAUGUUAAAUUUAUAAAUAAUUCUUUAGGUCAUGCAAUACCAUUACAGUUGUUAUAAUUACUGUGCCAUCAAAAAGUAUUCAGACCCCUUCACUUUUUCCACAUUUUGUUACGUUACAGCCUUAUUAUAAAAUGGAUUAAAUUCAUUUUUAUUCUCAUCAAUCUACACACAAUACCCCAUAAUGACUAAGCGAAAACAGGUUUUUAGAAAUGUCUGCAAAUUUAUUAAAAAUAAAAAAUUGAAAUAUCUUUUACUUGAGAAAAAGGGGCUAAUGUUUGUGUCAUGGGUUGAAAGUAUAUAUCUGGGAAAAGAUUUCAAGUCCAUUGAAAACGAUUAGCAGUGGUGAACAUCCACAGGCUCACCAUCCUUGGAAAUGAACUGUUGACAAUCGCUUUCAUCUCCUAAUUAUGGAGCUUUAAUGCGAUCAGUAAGCACAGACCAUGUGAGGCAGAAAAAUGAGGUCCUAGGUACUGUAGCAGUGAUUAACCCUGAUAAUCAAAUGUAAGCCUUAACUGCAGUAAAGCCUUGACUAUAUUAACCUCAGUUACUUUGAACUACGUAGGGUUCAUAAGCCAUACAUUGUAUUCGUGUUGAAUCUCACUGCUCCUCUCCACUCCUAUGGGAUCAAAAGCCUGCCCAAAACAUGAGGUUUCUUAUUCUUUUUAUUGCCUUAAUUAAAUUAGCCUGCGGAACAGAGCCAAACUAAACUGCAGAGUCUCAUUCAAGUCAGCAGCAAUUAGAUCAGCAUAUCUUAAAAGUACAAACCAAUCAUUUAAAAGCUUGUUUGGAUUGAAGGACCAUACAAAGAAAAUACAUAAAUAUAUUUUAUAUUUAUGUUAAUGACCUGGUGUAAAGUAUAGUUUUGUAUACAGUGUUUAAAUUUUUUAUUUAAUUGUAGAUUUCCAUGAGGUAUUGCUGCCGACAGAUAAAUUAUUUAUUGUGCAUCUAUGAUAUAUAGCCUACCUGUCUUCCAAAUGUCUCCCAUUAUGCAUGUGUACAUCAUUGACGUUAAAUAAUUUAAAAAGUGCCUUUUAGGGUGUGUGUUAGUAUCCACCAUUAAAUAAUUUAGUUUGAGUGAUCAAGCUUUAGGAGAUGAGGUUCAAAACCGCAGCAUUAUCAGGUGAAAUGCCAACCUUGCAGCCUUCACAUAGACAGCAGCUGCUUUGCAGUAAGAGAUGUCAGUUUUCCUAGCCCACAGCUUUGUUUGCAAUUUAUAUUCGUAACAUUUGUUUGUCAUAAAGAAGGUCCACGGGGGUUUAAUUUAUCCAGAUAAUCUGCUGAGUUAGCAUACAUGGUCAUACAGUGCUGAUACUUUGUGAGUGUGUAUUAGGCCUAUGUGGCGUUGAUGUGCUGUAGAGUUCUGAUGUCAUUUCUACAGCCUUCCAUUGUGAAGCUUCUGCUGCACUCUGAACGAGUUUGUGUCUGCUUAUUCAGAGAUUAGCCAAGGUAAUCUCAGCAGUUGAAAGUAAUGUACAAUUAGUAAUGUGCUCUAUCCACAUGAACGCCAUUGCUAGGGUAGAAUUGGUAGUGUAACAUUAGGCCUACUCCGCUUGCCUAACUGAACAUUUGUUUGUAUAAAGAACCAUUAAUUUAAAAAAUGAAUGGGUCUCAAUGGAAAAAUAAAUAAAUACAGCUGUUUGAA